GAAGGUUACAGCUGUCUGCUUCACAAUGUUGUUACUUGUAUUUCUUCUGCUGGCCACAAGUGUUGAAAACAGGGAUGCUGUGUUUCUCAUCGUCCCAAAAAGACUGCAGUUCUUUGAACUGGAGUCUGUCUUCUUUCACUGUGAGGGUCUUGAUGCAGCUUCUCAGUUAAAAGGGAUCAGAAAUACUGAGGCCUUCAUUUCAGCGUGUGAUGAGAGCUCACCAACACUACUGUGUGCGAUUCAUCGAGUCUAUGCAACAGACAGCGGUGAAUACUGGUGUGAGACUGCAGCAGGAGAGAAAAGCAUCAGUGUCAACAUCACCAUAACUCGUGGUUCUGUCGUCCUAGAGAGUCCUGUUGUCCCCGUCGAGGAGGGAAACAAUGUGACUCUGCGCUGCAGGAACAAGACAAAGACUUCUAACCUCACUGCUGAUUUCUAUAAAGAUGGCUUCCUCAUCGGGAACAGCUACACAGGAGAGAUGAGCAUCCACAAAGUUUCCAGGUCUGAUGAAGGACUCUACAAGUGUAAGAUCUCUGAUACUGGAGAAUCACCAGAGAGCUUGUUGACUGUCACAGCACUUUACAGAGAGACCUGCUCAUCUUCUUGUUCUGCCAUCCACGUGUUCCUAAUGUUGAGGACUGUUUUCACUAUUGUGAUGGUGUUUCUGCUGCUGUUGCUACUGGGAUUACUUCACUUUUAAAAACUCAGUGUCACACAGAAAUAAAUGGUAUUUGUGUAUAAGGAUGACUAAUGGAGAACAUUCUGGAAGUUUUAAAAUUUAGAGAAUGAAACUGCAGAAAACUUUUCAAUAAUAUUAGAUGCACUAUGAAGGGCAACUCCACAUAUCGUGUAAAUAGUUCAACUUCAGUUGUCUUUACUUUCUGUUUUUUUUUUUUCUACUGCAGUACUCAGUUUACUUGGUUGGUUGCUGUUUAACUUUCUCAUGCACAGAAGAGUUUAAAAACCACAUUUUUAAACUCUUCUGAGCAUUUUUCAAGACAUUUCUCAGACUUUCUCAGCUUACUCAUUGUGUGGUGUUUUUAGGUGCUACAGAUGCUCAUUAAUAAUUUUAGCUUCUUAGAUACAAAGUGCACAAGAAAAUGUUUGUAUGUUUGUUCACAGUAAAGUGUGAUUAUUUCAGUGUCAACUUCUGCCAGGUGGGUGCAUGAGACCGGCCCAGGGUGGCCAGGCUCGCCCUGUUGCACCAUGGACCUCCUUUCCCUCUCCUGUGAAGUACUAGCGCACACACACACACACACAGUGUAUUUAUUUGUGCAUCUGUGUUUUUGUAUUUUUCUGUUCUAGGUGGUAUAUUUUGGGUUUUUUUUUUUUGUUUUUAUUUUAAUCUUACUGGUGCAGCAGUUGGUGCAUGCUUUUUUAUUUGUGCCCCAUCCUUUUAUUAUAACCUUCCUUAUUAUUUGUUCUGCCCAUCAGUUUAGUCAUACUACACAUAUACUGUAAUGAAUGAAAGAACAGUAAUACAAUUGAGUAAAGAAACAGAUGAAAGAAACACAUGGUAAAUGGACUCAUUUUUAUAUUGCACUUCUCCGCUCUGAA